AUCUCAGCGAACUGUAUCAAACGCAAACACAAAUCAAUCGGUCAACAUGAAAUUCCUCAUCGUUUUCGUCGCCCUCUUCGCCAUUGCCUUGGCUGCUCCUCGUCCUGAUGCCGAAAUCCUCAAGUCCGAAUCUGAUGUAGGACCCGAAGGCUACUCAUUCGCUGUUGCCACCUCCGAUGGUACCGAAAAGAACGAAGACGGCAAACUCAAGAAUGUCGGCACCGAAGAAGAAGCCAUCGUUGUCCACGGCUCCUACAGCUGGGUCGAUGAGAAGACUGGCGAAAAAUUCACCGUCACCUAUGUUGCCGAUGAAAAUGGUUUCCAACCCCAAGGUGCCCAUUUGCCAGUUGCUUAAAUUAAGUAAUUGAAGAAAAAUUGUUGAAAUUAAGUAAUAAAAUUUUGUGAUAAAAAUUUCAA